UUCCCCCAUCAUUUUCCUUUCUUUCGGCCCGCCCGAACUGGUUAAGCGACCCAAGCCCCUUUGGUAACGGACCAUCGCUGCUGCUUCGCAACGGCGCCGCGGCCUCGGACAGGGCUCCCGCGACGCGAUCGGCCAUGGCGGCGUCUCUGCGGGCCUCGUCCUCCCUCCGCUCGCGCCUCCUCUCGUCCUCCUCCGGGUGUUCUCCGUGGCGUCUCCUCCUCUCCUCGCCUGUCCACUCGGUCACCUCCCAGCAGACCGAAACCCUCGCCUUCGACGAGAUCCAGCUGUCGCCCGAGAAGCCGCCUACCGCCACGGCCUUCGUCCUGCACGGCCUCCUCGGUUCCGGCCGCAACUGGCGCUCCUUCUCUCGCGCCCUCGUCUCCGAACUCCAUAACCGCUCCCCUUCAGACGAAUGGAGGAUGGUUCUCGUGGAUCUGAGGAACCAUGGUAGGUCGGCUGGGAUCAAGGGGUUCGGUCCACCGCACAACAUAUCUACUGCUGCUAAGGACCUCGCCGAUUUGGUGAAGGCCCGUGGUUGGCCAUGGCCGGAUGUUGUUGUGGGUCACUCCAUGGGUGGAAAGGUGGCACUAGAUUUUGCGGAGAGCUGCUCUCGUGGUGUGUAUGGAGAUUCUGCUGAUCUUCCUAAACAGCUCUGGGUCCUUGAUUCAGUCCCUGGACAAGUAGAAACUGAUAACAGUGAUGGUGAAGUUGAACGAGUUUUGCAAACACUAGCAAGUCUUCCUUCUUCACUUCCAUCACGCAAGUGGGUUGUCGACCACAUGCUCAGUCUUGGAUUUUCAAAGUCUCUUUCAGAAUGGAUUGGCAGUAACCUGAAGAAGGACAACGAUCAUGUGACCUGGGCUUUUGAUCUUCAGGCUGCCAUAGACAUGUUUAGUUCUUAUAGGGAAAGGGACUAUUGGGCACUUUUGGAACACCCACCUAAGGAUUUGGAGAUUGCAAUAGUGCAAGCAGAGCACAGUGAUCGAUGGGUCCCUGAUGAUGUUCAAAGGCUAAAAGCAUUAGCCAGGAGAGAGUCCAAGACUGACAUAGGAAAAGUGUCACUUCACGUUCUCCCCAACUCUGGCCACUGGGUUCAUGUGGACAAUCCCAAAGGACUACUCGAGAUCAUGGUUCCUAACUUUCUAUCAGCUGUUCAAAAUUGAGUGGUACCUUCAAUUGGAACAUUCAUUUAGUGUGACAUAUUAAGUUUGACAACCCAGGAUAACGUUUCUUCUCUCAUAUUGUUGCCCAACCAGAAUCACCCUUCUGUUAAUAAUAGAGAGAAAAGUAUACAUAAUCCUGUGCUCUCUUUCUGCAGAUUAUUGGAUGUUAUAAAAAAAGGAGAUCAGUGCUUAAUAUUAUCGCUUUUCCUUGCACAUUCACUUUUUCAAUCACAAAGUUUGCAUGCGUGUUGAUGAUUGUGUUAUCUA